UUUUAGAAUUGAUUUUCAGCUAAUCGUUAGUGCAGCUUGUAUAUGCAGUGCAUGAUAGCUAUAUAGCUGGUGAUAUCCAUCUGUAAGGACUCUCUGUGCAUGCUGUUACCUUGUCUGAUCAUGCUGAGAGAAUGUGUGACAUGGAUGAGAUUCUUUUAUUCCAAGUUCCUGUACGAAGAGAAGGAGUGUGAGAUAUGUAUGGAGGAGUACACACUCGAUGAGUUUGUGGCUAUGCCUGGCUGCAAACACCCAGUGUGUAAGGAUUGCUUCAGGAGUCAUUUCAGUGUAGUCAUUACUGAAAAAGAAGUGAAACACUUCACUUGCCCCAUUUGUGGCGAGCCUGACAUGACCAACAAAGAGGGAUUCUAUUUACAACUGUUGUUAGAACUGAUUAAACAGCAUCUAAGCACCGACUGCUUCAAGCUUUGUGAUGACAAGGUGAAGGAGUUCAUCCUCUCAAAGGACCCAAACUUUGUCUGGUGUCCCAACACUGAGUGUCGCUCAGGCUUCAUUUACGAGGACAGAGGUUAUGACGUGGCAUGUCCAAACUGCCGCAUGAACAUGUGCAGAAAAUGCAAUAAAAAGUGGGAGCCAGCUCAUGAGGGAAUCUCUUGUGAAGCCUUUGCUAAAUGGAUGAUUGACAACGAUCCCAAUGCUCAGGAAUUGGGACUGGCAGCUUAUCUGGAAGCUAACGGGAUCGAAUGCCCCAAAUGUCAUUUCAAGUACGACCAGGCUAGAGGAGGGUGCAUGCAUUACAAGUGUGUCAAGUGCCCCAACGAAUUCUGUAGUGGGUGUGGUCAGUCAUUCAAGCAAGGACAGGAAUGUGGUAAGCUGGAGUCUUGCAAGUCGAGGGGUCUCCACGCCCACCACCCUAGAGACUGCCUCUUCUAUAUUAGGGACUUUGAUGUGCCAGAGCUGCAAGCCUUCCUCACACAGCACAACAUACCCUACGACACUACUCCUGAAGGAGCCCCCAAAGCACCUGCUGAUAGUGGUUAUGGUUAUGGUUAUGAUGAGGUGAAGCCAUGUGGUUGUAAGACUAUGUUACAGAAAGAGACGAUGGAGGGACUUAUUGAUGAAGAGUGUGGGAGAGAUGUGGUGGACGGUCACGCUGGACUCUGUCAAACCCACUACAAGUGGACCUCAUCAACAAGAACAAACUAGACCCUAUCUCAAUGUAUUCCACGAUCAAUAUAGAGAGAGUGCUCACUCGCGAGGAGAUGGCAGUGCCUGAUAAGGAUUAUGAUGAUGAUGGCGAUGUACAGAGGGACAAGCUGAUACAGUAUGUGCAGCAACACCUACCACUCCCCAGCGGUGACCAGUGGCCAAGACCAACCAGCUAUUGACAUGAGACCGUACAGGCUCCAAUUCCUGAAUAUCAUAACUAAUGUACUUCUGCAUGUUAUAAUGUAUAAAUGUAUACGUAGUUUAGUAUCUAUAUAAUUAUAAUCAAUAUCGUACAAUUAUGUGUCAGUUGAUUGAAUAUUGUUUCUGAUA